AGGUCUUACCUCUGCUAUAGUAAUGGACGUUUGAGUUGUACGAUCUGCUUCCUUCCUGUUUGCCUCUUCUUUUAGUCGUUUUCAUGAUACUGAUGAGUCACUUCUGGAAUCUGCUUACGGUCUUUCGUUUGAAGAAAUACUUUCUUCCUGUAUGAGCCGCUGAAGAUGGGCGAGCUGGCUUAUGCUUCAGCCAAAAGCUUUACAGGUAACCGAAUCCUGUAGCCUUCUUGUCUUCUAAGCAAAUACUGACACCAAAGUUUCCACAACUUUUACCGAGUAGAAGAUAGUGUCAACUGUGGAAGGCAAUCUAUCUUAGCUGCCCCAGUUUCAGCUCCCAGGGUGGAAGGCCAUCAGAUGGGCUCCUUCCAGAAAAUGCAGAGCUCUGCACUUUUAGAAACAUCGUGCGGAUAUCUACUCCAGGAAUUGCAGAUGAUAUGGAAUGAAGUUGGUGAAGACCAAUUCAAUCGUGAGAAGGUUCUACUGGACUUGGAGCAGGAAUGUCUGGAGGUCUACAGAAGAAAAGUCGACAGUGCAAACAUAUCAAGGGCUCGACUGCAUCAAGAAUUGGCUGAAUCGGAAGCUGAACUUACCCAUCUUCUUCUCUCCCUUGGUGAUCGGUCUCUCCCUGGACGGCCGGAGAAAGUAUCAGGAACACUGAAGGAGCAAUUGGAUGCAAUCACCCCAGCUCUGAGAGAGAUGCGUCUCAGAAAAGAGGAUAGAGUAAACCAGUUUCGAGCUGUGCAAUCGCAAAUCCAAAAAAUAUCAGCAGAGAUUGCAGGUCAAUCCGCUUAUGAUGAUUCAAUAACUAACGUCAUAGUAAAUGAGAAUGACCUUUCGUCGAAAAAACUCGAGGAAUACCAAAGUGAGCUGCAAAGACUACACAAAGAAAAGCUUCUUCUUUCUUCACAUCAAAAGAAUGACAGGCUUCAGCAAGUGGAGAUGUAUAUAGACACUAUCCGGAACCUUUCUGCUACAUUAGGAAUGGAGUCUUCCAUGAUAAUUACAAAGGUCCAUCCAACUCUGAAUGAGUUGUGUGGCAUUUCCAAGAACAUAAGUGACACCAUACUGGCUAAGCUGAACAGCACUGUGGAAACUCUAAAGGAAGACAAACAAAAACGCACUGAGAAGCUUUACCAUCUUGGAAAGGCUUUAACAAACCUGUGGAAUCUCAUGGACACAUCUUAUGGAGACCGCCGGCAAUUCUUUCACGUCACUAACUUAUUACGUAAAUCAUCAUCUGAAGUGUCGGAUCCAGGAUGCCUUGCUCAAAAUAUAAUCCAGGAGGCUGAAGCUGAAGUCAAGAGACUAGAUCAGUUAAAAGCAAGCAAGACAAAGGAGAUCUUCUUCAAGAAACAGAGUGAGCUGGAAGAGAUAUGUAGCAGAUCACACAUGGAGAUACCUUCAAGAUCGGAGAUGGAAAAAAUAAUCAACCUUAUUAACUCUGGUGAGAUUGAUCAUGCAAAUCUCCUUAUGAGCAUGGACGAACAAAUAUCAAGAGCAAAAGAAGAAGCAUCCAGCAGGAAGGCAAUAAUGGAAAAGGUUGAAAAGUUGAUGCUGGCGAGAGACGAGGAGCGUUGGUUGGAAGAAUAUAGCAUGGAUGAGAAUCGGUAUUCAGUCAGCAGAGGAGCUCACAGGAAUCUGCGACGUGCAGAAAAGGCCAGAAUCCUGGUCAAUAAGAUUCCAGAUUUGUUAGGUUCGCUUGUCUCCAAAACAAAGAGUUGGGAAGAAGAGAGAAAGAAAGUCUUCUUGUACGAUGAUGUACCUUUGAUGGCAAUGAUAGAAGAAUAUAACAUGGUAAGGCUUGAGAAAGAGGACGAAAAGCGAAGGCAAAAGGAAACGAAGAAGGUGCAGAUCCAAGUAGAACCAGAACCCCCCUUUACCUCGAGACCAAGCACCAGUAGUCGACGCCCUUCCAACAGAAGCUUGAAUGGAGGCUUAAGCUAUGCCACCCCUUCAAACAGAAAGCUGUCUAUGAGCAUCCAACGUUUGGGUAGCAAUAGCAUCAAUUAUUCUGCAACUCAAGCCAUAUCAUACAUAAAGGAAGGGAAGAAAAUGCAUGAAACUAAAAUUCCUCUUCCUACUCAUCGUGGGAUUACUCCACGAUUUCAAGACGAAACAGCUUCAGUACUCUCAACAUUUUCUGGGCCCUUGUCCCCUUGAAGAAUCUACUGUUCCAGACUUUGUUUAUGCUAUAGAAUGCUACACAUUUGACCUUCUUUCAGUUAGGUUGAUGAGCACGGUUGUAUUUAUGUCUCCGUCAAAAUAAAAUUUGCUUCGAGAUUGAUGUAUUCUUACAAUGAAGAUGUAAAGUUGCAGUACUAGUAAACCUAAUAAUGAGUUUACAGUCUUGUUCUUCACUAAGUAAUCAUCUCUCAACAAGAAAGCAUUCAAAAUUUCAAAUACCUAAUAUGAAAAUCGAGGGAAGAUGACAUUACAAUCCAAACAGAACCUAAUUCGAAGAACAGUAGAGAUCUAGGAAAAGAGAAAUACAGCUAUCCACCGGCGAUUCUCAGGCUGAAGGUGAAGCACCGCUCGCUGAUUUAGCAAAGAAAGCAUCGAUCCGGCGAGUUCCAGCCGGUGCCGGCUUGUUAGCAACUUCGCGCUUGCGGCCUACAGAAGCCUCUUCCUGCGACUGGGGAGCUGGCGGCGCGGGAAGCGAGUCUAAGAGAAAAUCGUUGGUCGGUCGGUGCCUCUUGACGGCGAUUCGGAGGUGUUCGCUCUUCACUAUCUUCCGCUUCUUCUCGGUGGCGACUUCCGCCGACUUCUCCGCGAGAAACCGAAGGAACAGCUCCGUGGAGCGCGAGACGAGGAAUAGAGCCUCCGAUGUCACCUUGUUGACUUCCUUGUCGAGCCUCAUUAUCUUCUUCACACGGCCGACCGGGAAUUCGGUCCGAAUCGACGCUUCUUCAACGUUCUCCUCUUCUUCCGCCAUGGAUUAAUGAAAGCUCUGAACAGUAAGGAAAUCGCCGGAGAACUGAAAAUAUCGACUCUGUUUGCUGCUUCUGAGCGAGAGCGGGGAAAUGAGGGGAUCGGGAAUCGCCAAAGGUAAAUCCGAA